AUGCUGAAGAUGCUGUCCUUUAAGCUGCUGCUGUUGGCCGUGGCUCUGGGCUUCUUUGAAGGAGAUGCUAAGUUUGGGGAAAGAAGUGAAGGGAGCGGAGUGAGGAGGAGAAGGUGCCUGAAUGGGAACCCCCCGAAGCGCCUGAAAAGGAGAGAUAGGCGGUUGAUGUCCCAGCUGGAACUGCUGAGUGGGGGAGAGAUGCUGUGUGGUGGCUUCUACCCUCGACUGUCCUGCUGCUUGCGGAGUGACAGCCCCGGGCUGGGGCGCCUGGACAGCAAGAUAUUUUCUGUUACCAACAACACAGAAUGCGGGAAGUUACUGGAGGAAAUCAAGUGUGCCCUUUGCUCCCCACAUUCUCAGAGCCUGUUCUACUCACCUGAGAGAGAAGCCUUGGAAAGAGAUCUGGCACUUCCCUUGCUCUGCAAAGACUAUUGCAAAGAAUUCUUUUAUACUUGCCGAGGCCAUAUUCCAGGUUUACUUCAAACUACUGCUGAUGAGUUUUGCUUUUACUAUGCAAGAAAAGAUGGUGGUUUGUGCUUUCCUGAUUUUCCAAGAAAACAAAUCAGAGGACCAGCCUCUAACUACUUGGACCAGAUGGAAGAAUAUGACAAAGUGGAAGAGAUCAGCAGAAAGCACAAACACAACUGCUUCUGUAUCCAGGAGGUUGUGAGUGGGCUGCGCCAGCCUGUCAGCGCCCUACAUAGUGGGGAUGGCUCCCACCGCCUCUUCAUUCUGGAAAAAGAAGGUUAUGUGAAGAUACUUACCCCCGAAGGAGAAAUUCUCAAGGAGCCUUAUUUGGACAUUCACAAACUUGUUCAGAGUGGAAUAAAGGGAGGAGAUGAAAGAGGACUGCUAAGCCUUGCAUUCCAUCCCAAUUACAAGAAAAAUGGAAAGCUAUAUGUGUCUUAUACCACCAACCAAGAACGGUGGGCUAUGGGGCCUCAUGAUCAUAUUCUUAGAGUUGUGGAAUACACAGUAUCCAGGAAAAACCCCCAUCAAGUUGAUCUACGAACGGCCAGAGUAUUUCUUGAAGUCGCCGAGCUUCACAGAAAGCACCUGGGAGGACAGCUGCUCUUCGGUCCUGACGGCUUUCUGUACAUCAUCCUCGGUGACGGCAUGAUCACGUUGGAUGAUAUGGAAGAAAUGGAUGGAUUAAGCGACUUCACAGGUUCCGUGCUCCGGCUGGACGUGGAUACUGACAUGUGCCACGUGCCUUAUUCCAUUCCCAGGAGCAACCCGCACUUCAACAGCACCAACCAGCCCCCAGAAGUGUUCGCCCACGGCCUCCAUGAUCCAGGCAGAUGCGCUGUGGAUCGACACCCCACUGAUAUAAACAUCAAUUUAACAAUACUUUGUUCAGACUCCAAUGGAAAGAACAGAUCAUCGGCCAGAAUCCUACAGAUCAUAAAGGGGAAAGACUAUGAAAGUGAGCCAUCACUUUUAGAAUUCAAGCCAUUCAGUAAUGGUCCUUUGGUUGGUGGAUUUGUUUACCGAGGCUGCCAGUCAGAAAGACUCUAUGGAAGCUACGUGUUUGCAGAUCGUAAUGGGAAUUUCUUAACCCUCCAGCAAAGUCCUGUGAGCAAGCAAUGGCAAGAAAAACCACUCUGUCUUGGCAACGGUGGUUCCUGUAGAGGUUACUUUUCAGGUCACAUUUUGGGAUUUGGAGAAGACGAAUUAGGUGAAGUUUAUAUUCUAUCAAGUAGUAAAAGUAUGACCCAGACUCACAAUGGAAAACUCUACAAAAUUAUCGAUCCCAAAAGACCUCUGAUGCCUGAGGAAUGCAGGGCCGCAGUCCAGCCCGCCCAGACCCUGACAUCCGAGUGCUCCCGGCUGUGUCGGAAUGGCUACUGCACCCCUACGGGAACGUGCUGCUGCAGUCCCGGCUGGGAAGGGGACUUCUGCAGAGUCGCGAAAUGUGAGCCAGCGUGUUGCCACGGUGGUGUCUGUGUUAGACCCAACAAGUGCCUCUGUAAAAAAGGAUAUCUUGGUCCUCAAUGUGAACAAGUGGACAGAAACCUCCGCAGAGUGACCAGGGCAGGUAUUCUUGAUCAGAUCAUUGACAUGACAUCUUAUUUGUUGGAUCUAACAAGUUACAUUGUAUAG